AUGAAAGCUUUUGACGCCGAUUCAUUACGAGCAGAGAAGAAACAACGAGCAACAGUGUCGAGCAUUCCCCAAGAGAUCCAAGAAGAGAUUUUAUUAAAGUUACCAGUGAAAUCCAUCUUAUGUUUCAAGUCCGCAUGCAAGAGUUGGUGUACAUUACUCUCUAGUCCUAAAUUUGUCAAUGAUCACCUUAUUCUUAACAAACAAAAACCUAGACUCAUGGUCACAGAUUUAAGCUACCGGGAAGAUAUAUUUUAUUCCAUUGAUUAUGGUUCAAACUCAGCAUCAGACUCAUUGUGGUCGACACCAUGCAAGUUUGAAGGAUCGGUUGUGAUGGAUGAUCCAGUGAAAGAAUUGAAUGGAGAAAUCGAAAUUUUUGGAUCGUACGUUUAUGCAUACACGUUAGGAUUAGAUUCAUGGAGAAAACUCAACCCCAUCCCUGAUAAGUUUCAUUCCGGAAUUGGUUUGCUUCUAAAUGGUGCUAUUCAUUGGUCGGAUGUAAAAGCCAUCGUUGCAUUUGAUUUGAGCAAUGAGAAGCCUUUUCCGGAAGAAGUUAAGGCUCUUCCAAAUUAA